AUGAAAAGCGGCCACAUCCUUGGUAUUGCAUUGCAGACUGCCUUUGCCGUCGUCGUCGUCGUCGCGUCAGACCCUGAGACGGUGGCACGGCGUGAACGAGAACAGCAACAAUUACUUGAGCGAGAUGACCUAGUCUCCGACGAGUUUAUAAGGGGCGAAGAUGGUCAGCACGACGCCAGGACGGUUGACGGAUCGUCUACCGUUGGAGCGGCGAAUUUAUCAACAACAGAUGGAGAGAGUGUGGCUCACUCCGAGGCCUGGACACAUGAGCCUGUGUGUACAGAGUUUCUUGGCGAGCUCGACAGCCCGUUGUGCGUUUAUACCAACUCUAGUUUCAGCGAAGGACGAGGCAUUUCAAUCUUUACAACACCAAAGAUUGCAGAUGAAAUAGCCUCUCUUCUUCCAUUCCAGGACGCAGCGGCUCUGUCAAGCCGAGGUAUCAAUGUCGCAACGGACACAUGGUAUACGAAGGAGAUCCCGGGCAAGGGCAUGGGGAUGAUGGCCAAGCAUGACCUUCAGCGAGGCGAGCUGCUCACAGUUUACACGCCAUUUCUGUUGGCACAUACAGAGAAUAUCCUAAACACAACGGAGAGAGAAAAAUAUCUGCAGAUUGGCUUGUCGCAACUGCCGAAACAGAGUCAAGAGCAGUACCGGGCCUUGGCCAAAAUCUACCACUUGCCUGAGGUGGUGGUGCAAGAUGUGGUGAAGGCCAACUCGUUUGAAAUGCACCUAGGAGGACAGAUGCACUUGGCCGUCUUUCCCGAAUCUUCGAGGCUCAAUCAUGCGUGUGCGCCAAAUGCACAAUAUUAUCUUGAUCCAGACCUUUUGACACACGUGGUUCACGCGGUGAGACCAAUCGCAAAGGAUGAAGAGAUUACAAUCUCCUACACGACUCCGUAUGAACCGUUCUCGGUGCGGCAGAAGUACCUCGAGAAAGCAUUCCACUUUACCUGUUCCUGUUCACGCUGUCAAGAGGGCGCAGCCACUGAUAGUGGGUUGGUGGAGAUUCAUAACCUUCAAGAGAGCCUGGGCAAUUGGGGGGCGGACUCAACGGCCAGUGUCAAAAAGGCGGAAAGACUGGUCAAGGUCUACGAGCAAGAAGGGCUCGAUGCAUUCCUCGACAAUGCUUACGGCCAUGCAGCCUUGAUGUACAACUCGGUGGGGAGUAUACGGGGGGCCCAAAAGUACGCUCGGCUGGCUGCUGAGGCUGCCUCUCUCAAACAAGGACCAGAUUCUUCAGAUGUGAAGUUUUGGUUAGAACUGGUGGAGAAUCCUCAAGAGCAUUCGAGCUGGAAAAGGAGAAAGGUGGAUAGAGAGUUGUAA